AUUAUUGCUAGCCAUAUCCAUAUUCCUACCAAUUUAUGCAAUUAUGGAGAAAGCUUUCACCUCUUUUCUCUUAACACUCUUGCUGACACUUUUGUUGCUUCAUUAUGUUAUCGUUGGUUCACCAAACCAACAAUACCAUUGAUCAAUUAGCUCUUCUCUCUUUGAAAUCACAAAUCAUUUCAGAUCCUUCUCACUUCCUGGAUGAAAGCUGGUCUCCUGCUAUUUCUGUUUGCCAUUCGGUGUGAGUCACUUGUGGUUCUCGCCAUCAGCGAGUGAGGUCCUUGAAACUUUCUAACAUGGCUCUUACAGGCAGGAUCCCUCGUGAUUUUGGGAACCUCACAUUUCUUGUUUCUCUUGACUUGGGAAGCAACAAUCUUUAUGGAAAUUUACCUCAAGAAAUGGCACACUUGCGCCGACUUAAGUUUCUUGAUUUAAGUUUCAACACCUUCAGCGGGACGGUUCCCUCUUGGUUUGGAUUCUUAUACCAACUUCAAGUUCUAAAUCUUGGAAAUAAUAGUUUCACUGGUUCCAUCCCUUCUUCAUUUUCUAAUAUUUCCAAACUUGAGAUUUUAAAUCUGAAAUUCAAUUCCAUAGAGGGUCAAAUACCAAAAGUGAUUGGAAGUAUUAUAAACCUUAGAGAAUUAAACUUGAGGGAUAACAAUCUCAUAGGCUCUAUACCUCUGUCACUCUCAAAUGCCUCAAGGUUGGAGACUUUAGCAAUAUCUUUCAAUUCACUUCGAGGAAACAUUCCUGAAGGGAUCGGCAAUCUUCACAAUAUGAAAGUGCUAUCCAUACAAGCUAAUCAACUAACGGGUUCUAUACCAUUUACAAUUUUCAAUAUCUCAAGAAUCGAAGUCAUUGCAUUUACAGGCAACUUAUCAGGAUAUUUUCCCAAUGGUUUAUGCAAUGGUCUCCCAAAACUCGAAGGGAUUUUUCUGUCUUAUAACAAGCUUCAUGGUCGUAUGCCUACAAGCUUGUCAAAUUGUUCACAACUUCAAAUAUUGUCUUUAUCAUAUAAUGAUUUAACAGGUGAAAUACCCAAAGAGAUAAGCAAUCUACUUGAGUUGGAGGAACUUGAUCUUUCGACCAAUAGUUUUAGUGGUUCACUUGAUAUGGAGAUCUUCAACAUAUCAGGGCUGAGAGGAGUUUCUCUUGCAAACAAUAAUCUAUCAGGAAGCCUCCCACCAAACAUUGGUUCUAUCUUACCCAACAUUGAAAGACUUUAUCUGACCUUUACCAAUCUUAUUGGGACUAUUCCUCAUUCCAUCUCCAAAUGUUCAAAACUUACUAUUCUAGAGCUUUCAUACAACAAACUCACUGGCUUGAUUCCCAACUCACUUGGAUAUUUGACUCAUCUACAAAUGCUAAACAUGAGGGAAAACAAUUUAACCAGCGACUCAUCAUUAAGCUUUCUGACUUUCUUAACCAAUUGCAGAAAUUUAUCAUUUCUUGAUAUAUCUUUCAACCCUCUAUUCGGUAUGCUUCCAGCCUCCACGGGAAACCUUUCCACCUCUCUUAUAAACUUUUAUGCCAACAAUUGCAAAAUCAAAGGGCGAAUUCCAAAUGAAGUUGGGAACUUAAGCAGCUUAUUAGACCUUGAUCUUUCUGAAAUAACUUGGUCGGAUUGAUUCCCACAUCAAUUGGCAACUUGAGUAGCAACAAAUUUACAGGAUUUAUUGGAGAUCAUAGAUGUAAAUUGCAGCAUUUGGGUGCUAUUUACUUGGGUCAAAAUCAAAUUUCAGGAUCUCUUCCGAAUUGUUUAGGGAAUGUUACUUCCCUUAGGGAGAUAUAUCUGGGUUCCAAUAAAUUUAGUUCCAAUAUACCACAAAGCAUAGGGAACCUUCAAGAUCUAGUGGUUCUUGACUUAUUGUCAAACAACAUGGUUGGUUCAUUACAUCCGGAAAUUGGAAAUCUAAAGGCUGCGACACUGAUAGAUCUGUCAAUGAAUCAAUUAUCAAAUGGAAUUCCAAGAGAAAUUGGAGGAUUACAAACUCUGGUGCACCUUUCUUUGAAACACAAGUUGCAAGGUUCUAUACCUGACUCAAUGAGCAACAUUGUAAGUUUGGAAUUCCUAGACCUUUCUCAUAACAAUAUAUCUGGAACCAUUCCUAAGUCUCUGGAGAAACUUCAAAACCUGAAGUAUUUCAAUGUUUCUGUCAACAAAUUGUAUGGUGAAAUACCCUCGGGGGAUCCUUUCAAGAACCUCUCGAGUCAGCUUUUCACCUACAAUGAAGCAUUGUGUGGUUCUUCAAGAUUUAGUGUCCCAUCAUGCCCAAUUUCAUCAAAGCACAAAUCCAACAGGAAAAAAUUGUUAGUUCUAUAUCUUUUUCUAGGACUUGCAAUUUUAUUUGUUCCUAUCAUAUUUGUGUUUGUAUGGAUAAGGUAUUGAAGAGGUAAAAGAGCUCCUCAACAAGCUGAUUCAUUGUCUUCAAAGAAACAAGAAAGAAUUUCAUACUAUGAACUGCUCCAAGCAACGGAUGAUCUUAGUGAGAGUAAUCUGAUUAGUUCCGGAAGUUUUGGCUCUGUUUACAAAGGCACUCUCAAAAGUGGAAUUGUCGUUGCAGUUAAAGUGUUCAAUCUGUUAUAGGAUGAGGCAUUCAAGAGUUUUGAUAUGGAAUGUGAAGUUUUGUGUGGCCUUCGCCAUAGGAAUCUCGUAAAAGUUAUUACUAGUUGUUCCAAUCUUGAUUUCAAUGCUUUAGUUCUCGAGUAUAUGCCUAAUGGGAGUCUUGAAAAAUAUUUGUAUUUGCACAACUACUUCCUCAAUACUAGGAAGAGACUAAGCAAAAUGAUAGAUGUGGCAUGUGCUUUGGAAUAUCUUCACCAUGGGUGCUCGUCGCCUGUGAUCCACUAAGAUCUGAAGCUUAGAAACGUCUUGCUAGAUGAGAAUAUGGUUGCUCACCUUAGUGUCUUUGGCAUUUCAAAACUGCUUGGUGAAGAUCAGGGUGAUUUGUACAAUAAGAACUUAGCAACAUUGGGGUAUAUUGCGCCAGGUAUGUCUCUUAGUUUUGUUGAUUAUUCCUUUCCUUUUUUCCCACCUAGAAAGUAUAUUGCAUCUUUAAAUGAAUUGUUUGACUGUAGAGUAUGGACUGGAUGGAUUGGUAUCAACAAAGUGUGACAUCAAUAGUUAUGGGGUCAUUUUGUUGGAAGCGUUUACCCGGAGAAAGCCUAAUGAGUUUGAGGAAGAUCUUAACUUGAAGCAAUGGGUGAUUUAUUCACUUCCAGAUCUAACAAUGGACGUUGUAGAUGUGAAUUUGGUAACACCAAUGGGUAAAGACUUACAGAAUGAGCUAUAUGUUGUGGCAUCAAUCAUGAAAGUAGGAUUAGAUUGUUGUGCUGAAUCUCCGGCAACAAGGACUAACAUGAAAGAUGUUGUAUGGAUGCUGGAGAAGAUCAAGAUUCAACUUCUUGCAUGUUGAACAUUUUUAUAAGAGAAAACGCUCAAAUAUUCCAUUGAACUACCAGAAAUGACUCAUUUAUGCCAUCAGUUAAAAAUUUGGCUCAUCCAUGCCACCGCCGUUACAAAAUC